GCAGAGUGUGAGUAUAUAUAGUGCGAAUAAAAACCAACUGUAACGAACGCCGUCAGUGUCUGAGACUCAGUUGUGGUUGUUGUGAGCUCUCUGUUUUGUCUCAGCCGCACCCUCUCAAUUCGCCAAUGAUCGCUUCUCUGCGCUAAUCUCCACCUAUUCUUCUUCCAAACUCACGAUCAGAUCGACAUCUCCGAUACCUUCUCUCUUCUUUCUUUCAAGGUCUCGUUAGGUUAAGCUUUAGGGUUUUUGGUGUAAUGGCAUCGGAGACGAAGAUCGUGAAUCUGGCCGAGGAGGCCAAGCUAGCCAGAGAAGGCGUCAAGGCUGCUCCCAGCUAUGCCUUCACCAGCAUCUGCAAGUCCCUCGUCGCUGGUGGCGUCGCCGGAGGAGUAUCACGAACAGCUGUUGCUCCACUUGAACGCCUGAAGAUUUUGCUGCAGGUCCAGAAUCCCCACAACAUAAAAUACAAUGGAACAGUUCAAGGUCUAAAAUAUAUAUGGAGGACUGAAGGUUUUCGUGGACUCUUCAAAGGGAAUGGAACUAAUUGUGCUCGAAUUGUCCCCAAUUCUGCAGUAAAGUUCUUCAGUUAUGAGCAAGCUUCGAAAGCUAUACUGCAGCUGUAUCAGCAGAAAACUGGAAAUGAGGAUGCUCAGCUGACUCCUGUGUUACGUCUUGGAGCUGGAGCAUGUGCUGGAAUAAUUGCCAUGUCCGCAACUUAUCCAAUGGAUAUGGUUCGAGGCAGGAUAACUGUACAGACAGAGAAGUCCCCUUACCAGUACAGAGGGAUGUUCCAUGCUUUGACAACUGUGCUUAGGGAAGAAGGCCCACGUGCUUUAUAUAAGGGUUGGCUUCCUUCAGUCAUUGGAGUUGUUCCAUAUGUAGGUCUAAACUUUGCUGUUUAUGAGUCUUUGAAAGAUUGGUUAGUUAAAUCCAAUCCAUUUGGUCUAGUGCAAGAUUCUGAGUUGAGUGUGACAACUCGCCUGGCAUGUGGUGCUGCAGCUGGAACUGUUGGGCAAACUGUUGCUUAUCCCCUUGAUGUCAUUCGUCGAAGAAUGCAGAUGGUGGGGUGGAACCAUGCUGCCUCUGUUGUAGCUGGCGAUGGAAGAGUAAAGGCCCCACUUGAAUAUACUGGCAUGGUUGAUGCAUUUAGGAAAACUGUUCGGUAUGAAGGAGUUGGUGCAUUAUACAAGGGUCUGGUUCCCAAUUCUGUAAAGGUCGUCCCAUCCAUAGCAAUUGCAUUUGUAACAUAUGAGGUGGUGAAGGACGUUUUAGGAGUGGAGUUCAGAAUAUCAGACUGAAGGAUAUAUCAGUUUGCCUGUUUGGGGUUUUUGGUAGGCAAGGGGAUGCAGAGAUGGCAAAGUAGGGCUAUUUUCUUGUUUUUCAUCUCUCUACAGAUGAGUUAGGAAGCAUUUGAGAUAGAGUCUAUAAAUGAAUUCCCUUGUUUCCUAUUUGUAUUUCCUUGGGAACAUGCUGUAGCAUUAGCUUCUUAUUCAUCUUCUCUGGCAAUAAGUGUUGUGGAAAAACAAUACAACGACAUAUGUGCUUGGCUUUUUCUGCACGAGUGAAGAAAGCAUUUUUACUGCUGGAGUUUCAGUCAUUGAUUAUUGGAUGCUCCUCCAUAGCUCCAUCUCCAGGUUGUAUUCAUUAUUAUGACUUGCUUUCUCAUGCGAAUUUUUAAGCUGCCAGACUUACUUACACAAACAAUA